UUUGUCAGUUCCAAUGACAGGUUUCACUCAAAGGGCUACCAUUGAUCCAGAACUGAAUGAAAUCCAUGUCUUGUCUGGGCUCAGUAAAGAUAAGGAGAAGCGAGAAGAGAAUGUAAGGAAUUCUUUCUGGAUUUAUGACAUUGUGAGGAACAGCUGGUCUUGUGUCUAUAAAAAUGACCAAGCAGCCAAAGAAAAUCCAGGUAAAAGUCUUCAGGAAGAAGAGCCCUGCCCAAGAUUUGCCCAUCAAUUGGUUUAUGAUGAGUUGCACAAGGUUCAUUAUUUAUUUGGAGGAAAUCCUGGCAAGUCCUGCUCUCCAAAGAUGAGAUUAGAUGAUUUCUGGUCUCUGAAGCUCUGUCGACCUUCAAAGGAAUACCUGCUAAGACACUGCAAAUACCUCAUAAGGAAGCACAGGUAUAGAAACAAAAGAUGUUCUGCAAUUUUCUUUUCAAAAAUCUCUAAGUUUUAGCAUCUUUAAAAAUCU